AUGGAGUGGGAUCCAAGUCGCUUCUUUCGCGUCACAGGGAGUCCGUCUCCCUAUGCGCUGCUCAUUUUGAAUCAGCCAAUUAAUGAGAGCGCAUUUGGUGUCUUAAGUGAACAUGCAUCUUACAUCAUCUGCGCCGACGGCGGCGCCAAUCGUCUAUAUGAUAUGAUGAAGAAGCGCGGAAGAGAAGCCACAGAAUUACCCGACCGGAUAGUCGGCGAUUUGGACUCUUUGCGUCCAUUGGUGCGACAGCACUAUGAAAAGCUGGGCGUGUCCGUGGUGGAAGACCCAGAUCAAUAUUCAACAGACUUCACCAAGUGUUUGAAGUAUCUUAAUGGGCAUGUCGCAGAGAUUAUCGCCUCUCCUAGACAGCAGAAGUUAGACUCUAUUGCAAAGCAUGGCAACGCACUUGGAGAUGUACAGGCCCAAUCAGCACAUCCUCCGACACUUGAGAUCGUGAUAUUGGGUGGCCUAGGUGGCCGUGUCGACCAGGCCUUCUCACAGAUCCACCAUCUGUAUAUGAUGACACAGAACCAACGAGAAAUCCGCGAAGCUAAUCAGGCCAACACUGAUAGCCAAACCAAUAAACCUGUUGCGGGUGGAAACCUCUAUCUCGUCUCCGAGGAGAGCAUUACAUUCAUUCUGCAAGAAGGGAAAAACAUCAUCCGCACACCGGCAACCAAGCGCCCAUAUAUCCAAGCUGAAUCUUCCAAGUCACAAGCGGAUGACAGCGAGACAUUGCGGAAACGCAAGCGUGAUCAAGAAGCAGAGUACUUCUUCGAAGAGAACAUCGGUAUCAUUCCUAUCUCUGCAGCUGCCUCGAUCACUACGAAGGGAUUUGAAUGGGACGUGGAGGACUGGCGAACCGAGGUUGGAGGGCAAAUCUCAACGAGCAACCACAUCCGCGCGGAUACGGUGGAAGUUGAGACAUCGGUGCCGGUCCUGUUCACAGUGGAACUGGCAGACCGGUUGAAGAGGUGA